GUUUAAUCGUUUUUGAUGUUUCAAGUUUUGUUUCAGAUCCCGUGAUGUAGCAUAAUUUAGGUAUAUAAAAUUGGACAGAAAUGAAAGCUUUUGUUUUGAGUGCUUUCUGCUUUGUAGCCAGCGCGCUAUUCUUUUUCUUUUCAUCCAAUGAGUAUCAAAAUCCUCCUUCAAAUCAGCAACAGCCGGUUAGCACUAAGAUUUUUGGUUGGUCUUCGGACUGGCAUUUAAUUUUUCUUCUAUUUCUUCUGCUUAUAUCAUAUGGAAUUCAUCAAAAGCAAACAAAUUGUUUGGUUUUGGACGUAUGUUUGAUUUCGCUAAUGUUAGGCUCUUUUUUCUCAUAUUCGUUGUUACUGGCAUUACAUGGCAGUGCUCCACAACUUAGACCUUUAUUCUGUUAUAUCGCUCUGAUGUGCGUUUUUCAUUUCCUGGAGUUUUUACUUACAGCUAUGUUCCAUUCACACUCUCUAUCAAUUUCAUCUUUCUUACUCAAUCAAAGCAAGGAAUAUGUCAUCGCGUUUGUUGCCAGUGUUUCUGAGUACCUAAUUGAAGUGUAUUUAAUUGAAGAUUUAAAAAACAUCCAGUCUAUUUUUUGGACUGGUCUUACAGUUUGUGUCACCGGAGAUUUAUUGCGGAAAGCAGCUAUGGUUCAAGCAGGUGUCAAUUUUACGCAUCUACUUCAGUAUUCACGGAGGUCGAACCACAAACUUGUAACGGACGGUUUUUAUGGAGUAGUUAGACAUCCCACGUAUACAGGGUGGUGUUUGUUUGCUGUGUCCAGUCAAGUGAUGCUCAUCAACCCUGUAUGCACAGUUCUCUUCACAUAUGCUGCCUUUGUCUUCUUCUCAGAAAGAGUAGAAGAGGAAGAGCUUCUCUUGAUUUCUUUCUUUGGCAAAGAAUACAUCAAAUACAAGAGCCAAGUGCCGUCCGGACUGCCCUUCAUCAAGGGCCCUCAGCUAAUGAGCAGCUAAUUUCUUGAAAAUAAAUGUUUUAUCAAUAAAUAUUGUAGCCUUCAAUGGAACAAUGUUUUGUGUACAAUAGAUGUUUUUCAUGUUAAGAGUUUUAUAAUCUAUUAUCUAUCUGUUA